UACAAUUCGUCAUAAAAAUCCGGUUUGUGCCCGAAGCGCAAACCGGAGCACUGUGAGGUAGACGGAUGUGAAUGAAGAAUGAAGUGAGCAACAUCCGUUCGCUUCUUCCGUGAUUUUGGCUGCACCAGUAUUCGCUCCCUCCGUUGAAGAUGUCUACCGGCAUUGCAGGAUGGAUAACAUGCCGGCAAGUGUUGAACAUUAUGGUCAUUUUCGGCUUUAUGCUGAACUAUGCGCUUCGUGUAAACUUUACGAUCGCCAUCGUCGCAAUGACGAAGGCUUUGGUGAGCGUUGCCACCGGCGGCGAUGGCAGCAACACGACGGAUGCACUAAAUACGACGCUCGCGACGACCGUUUCCUCAACCACCGAGCUGUCCGUGAUCGACGAGUCGGAAAAGUUUGAAUGGGAUGCCCGCCAACAGAAUCUGAUGCUGGGAAGCUUCUUCUGGGGUUACGUGCUAACGGAGCUCCCGGGAGGUCGCUUGGCGGAGGUGAUCGGAGGGCGGCGCGUUUUUGGUUACAGCAUGCUGUGGGCCAGCUUGCUCACCCUUCUGACGCCACUGGCGGCAAACACUCACUACAUCGCCGUGGUGAUCCUGCGAGCCGUGCUCGGCUUUUUCCUCGGUGCAUCGUGGCCCGCCAUCCAUCCGCUGACUGCCGUUUGGAUUCCGCCGAUGGAUCGAUCAAAGUUCAUCGCCAACAUGAUGGCCUCAUCGCUUGGCGCUGCUAUCACAAUGCCGAUCUGUGGAUUCCUUAUCGCCACCGUCGGCUGGCAGAGCGUGUUUUACUUCACCGGCGGAUUGGGGCUAUUGUGGUCCAUCAUCUGGUUCCUGGUUGUGUUUGAAACACCUUCCGAGCAUCCGCGCAUUUCCCCGGAGGAAAGAAACGAAAUCGAAAGCGCCAUCAACGCGGCCGGCAAGAAGAAGAAGCCUUCGUACGUGCCGUGGAAGUCAAUUAUUACUUCGGCUCCGGUUUGGGCCAUCAUUCUCACGCACGGUGCCUCCGUGUUCGGUUUCUUCACCGUCGUCAACCAGCUGCCCACUUACAUGAAGAACAUUCUACAUUUCAAUAUUAAAGAGAACGGAUUGCUUUCCUCGUUGCCGUACUUUGGAAAGUACGCUAUGGCUGUGAUCUCAUCGUAUUUAGCGGAUUAUUUAAGAAAAUCUGGAAAACUGUCGACUACGGCCACGAGGAAGAUAUUCACUGCUUUUGCUGUGAUGACGCCUGGUUUCUUGAUGAUCAUUCAAGUGUACAUGGGUGACAACCGUUCCUGGGCGGUGGGAAUCUUCACGCUUUCCCUGUUCCUGAACGGUGCUGUCACGGCCGGAUACCUAGGCAAUGGUCUGGAUAUUGCGCCAAACUUUUCUGGCACAAUUUUCGGUAUGGCCAACACACUCUCGUCGUUCGGUGGCUUCGUGUCGGCUUAUAUGGUCGGCAUACUGACGAUUGACGAUCCUUAUUCAUACGCACAAUGGCAGAUCGUUUUCUGGAUUCUGGCUGUUAUCUAUAUUACGGGUUCGUCCGCGUACGUGAUUAUGGGAACGGGUGAACUUCAAGCCUGGAACAAUCCUCCGGAGAAGGAUGAUGCCAGUCGCGAAACGGAGGAAGGUGUUCCACUGAACGAGCGUCUUCCACAACAAAACAAAUAGAACCUAUCAACACAACACAACACCACAGGGACACAGGAUGGUAAUGCUUUUAAUGAUGUGUGCUAUAUUUUGACGGUUCCAGGAGAGAGUUCCACUGUCUGCAGGCAGGUGCAGGCAACACCGAAAGGCGAAUAACAAUGAAAAACAUGCAAGAAGUAGUCUAAUGAGCAAAUUAGAGUCAGAAUAUUAGAAUUGUCGCGAUGCCGAUUUUUGUAGCAUUUAAUAACUUAUUGUUUUAACAAACGUAGAAAAACGUCUACCAGGAAAGUGUUGUAGUAUUGUACCCGGAUCAUUGUUAUUAUGGCUAAGGAAUGACAUAGGCGCGUGAAGAUGUUGUGUACGGUGCAGUAGAACCGGCAAGUUGGCGUACACACCAGGGUAAAGUCAGGGUUUUGAUUUACAACUAUCGAACAAUCCGCGAGGGAGGGAACGUUGGUGAAACGUGCCACCACGACCGCACUUACAUCGAAUUUAGCAGUGAAGGGAGAAGCGGAGGUGUCUGUGCGAGAUAUGGAAGAAAUAUUUUCAUGUUUUAAUGGAAAUCUCCCGAACAACUCGUUAAUCUAACGUUUCCGUUGGAUGGGCUGUACCCAUCGAGAACAGAGAAUCGCGAAACGGGCGCUCCGCGAACGUGACCGAUUGGAUGUGUGUGGGGGGAACCAAUCAUUUCUCAUUUUCUCACCACAGCGCUCGAGUCUUCUCGAAUAUUUGUUGGGCGAUUUUCCCUCUUCCGGAGAUGUUUUAACGAACCAGAUUUCUAAGGACGUGCCUUCAAUCUUUUCGAAAACGCAAAGUGACCUAGAGAAUCUUGUUAAAGUUUACUGUGUAGUAGAAAACAUUACUGUUACAGCAGAAACGUCCAAGUGACGCGACGGAGCAGCAGCAAUCACCAGAACGGUUUACUUAACGUGUAAAGUGGUACUUGAUAUUUUAUUUACAAUGGUUUUUGUGUACCAAUCAACAUUUCGUCUAUCUACUGAAUUUAAGAAGCAGGAACAUACUUUUUUUAAUGGAUGAACAAAUAAAUAAACGGUUU